AUGCGGUUAUUCCAGUGCAUUUUGUUCUUGUUUCUAUCUCAUUUAGCGAGGCUCGUGUGCUCGCAGUCCAAUUACUGCGACCCAGGUGGAAAGUUCUGCGCCUCUGUUGUUAUGCCACUAACAACCGCUCAUGACGAUGAUGGCUAUAUGCUCAUCAGGGUUACCGGUGCUGCGGCAAAAGGUUGGACAGCUAUAGGAAUUGGAAAUAGGAUGGCUGGUUCUUUAAUGUUUAUUAUAUACCCGGGAACUGCUAGUGCCAAUGUCACUGUGUCCCCAAGGCUGUCGAGUGGACAAGUUGCCCCGCACUACUACCCCCAAACUGAUGUUUCCAUCUUGGAAGGGUCUGGUAUAGUGGACGGUCAAAUGACCGCACUUUUUACAUGCAACAACUGUAAAAGAUGGGCUGGCGGGCACUUGGAUGUAACAAGCCAUACAUCAACCUGGAUCUGGGCGCAAAACUCUGGACAACAACUUGAGAGUAGCUCUUUACAAGAAGAUAUUCAGCAACAUGACGAAAAUUCUUAUGGUAUUUUUACUCUAGACAUGACGGUGGCUGUGGUCGAUGACCCUAAUCCCCCUGCUCCCAUACCGUUGAACCCCGAGGCUUCAGGUUCUCUAUAUACCGUUCCAAACGAGCUUGCCAAAAAGCGACAGAACUACAUCAUAGCCCAUGCGGUUGUUAUGAGCGUCGCAUUUGUUGUUCUGUUUCCCCUUGGUGGCAUUAUUAUUCGCCUGCUUAGACAUACCAUUCGACAGGCGGUUUACGUUCACAUUACCUUGCAGGUACUUAGUUUUUCAUUGGCGAUAGUAGGAUUGGGUACUGGCGUCAUGGCAAGCGCUACUCUCGAGUCGCACUUUCUUUACUCGCAUCAGUUUAUCGGUGUGGUCGUUAUGGUCCUACUGUUCCUUCAGGUCAUCCUCGGAGCCUCCCACCACAUGAUGUUCAAAGUAAAGGGGAAGCGAACAUGGCUAUCCUACGCUCAUAUCUGGCUAGGGAGGUCUGCUAUCAUCAUGGGGAUUGUCAACGGCGGCCUCGGCCUCCCACUUGCCAAGGCCAGCCUACCCCCGACAGCUAUAUAUUCUGGUGUUGCUGCCAUUAUAUUUGCUGUUUAUCUGUUAGGCUACGGCGCCAUCAAACUUUGGGAGCACAAGAUGGGGAUAGGUAAGAAGGAUGGAGAGGAAUCUAGGAGGCGGCAGGUGGCGGCAGCAAGGCACGCUGCAGACGGGUUUGAUGGGUUUGAACUGCAAGAACCUGAAGACACGAAGCAUUAUGAGCCUUUUAUCUACGAAGUUCCUGGGGUUUUCACCAUUCCGCCAGCACCUCCAGAACCUCCUCAGGAAGUAUACAUUGACCCUUAUUAUAAAGGCGAAUACCCACCGCAAACGUUCAGUCCACAACCAAUGUAUGCGACACCUCAAUUGGACGAGUCUCCGCAAAUCAUGGCACAGCCGUAUACAGGUGGGGACUCGCAGCAUGAUCUAGGAAUAUUCCACGACCUUAAACUCAAACAUUGA